AUAAAGCUAUUUUAAAUGAAUGUAAGUCGCUCUGGAUAAGAGCGUCUGCUAAAUGACUUAAAUGUAAAUGUAAAUGUAAAUGAAUGAAUUAACCUUUGUCAAGUGAGAGCGCCAUGGAGAAGCUGUUGCGCGCGCUGUUGUUGCGCACGCGAACCCAGGCAAAGAAGGGAGGGCAGAGCGAGCCAUGGUGAGCCAAUAAAAAGGCACCGGAGUCCUGCUAACGGUCGGCUUUGCUAGAGACAGUGUAAAACGGUAACAAUAUUUCUGUCGGACGCGUACUGUCUUCGAGUGUGCAAAGGACACACCAUCUCAUUGACUGCGCCUGUCCCUACAUAGGAAGACGCAGUGAGAGCUUCGGUAAAGCUCCUCCACGACCUGUUCUGCCACAACACACCUCUACCCUUCUCCUCCAAUCACCCCCCUGGACUACAAAAGCCACGGAGUAACAGCAACAAGAGAUUGCCGUGGGAGAGUCAGAGUUCUGCUCCUGGAAUACAAACAAGUCCUGUCUCUAUAACACUCCUCCUGAAUUUCUAAUCCACCGACUGAUGACGAAGAGGGAAAAAAGUUUGCUUUCACCUCUGGCGAACAGUUUUGCCUGCAGUGCUGAAAAGGCGUUGUGUUUCAGCUCAUUUGUUUGUUUAAUGAUGUCUCAACUGAACUAACACGUAGACCUAGUACGCUGUUCAGGAAUACAUAGGUACCUUAUAAUUUAACAACAAGGCCCAGAGUUCCGGAGUGUUCCGAGUGUGUCCGAGAUGGAUACACACGAGGCCUAAGAGGAAGAUACACCUGUGAAGGCUGUGCAGAAGCUGACGGGGGGACGGGGGACGGGGGGUCCUCUGGUAGAGACUCCUCAUUCGGUAAACACACCAGGGCAUCUCAUCUGAGACAUUUGUGUGUCCGCUCUCUCCGAGUCGACAAACUACUCCCUGCAUUCUCAUCAUAGCUGUUUUAGAUGGACUCAGACUCCAGUAGCCUCGCACCAGCGUGUCUCUAAGGAUCUCUCUACAUCUACCCAUACCUGUCUUUCCCUGUCUCCCCCACCCUCUAUCUUUUUAAAAACUUGUAUCUCUCUCUUUUUUCACUUCUCUUCCCUAUACCUUUUAUUUACCUCUCCUUCCACAACACCCAUUCCUGUCACGUACUCUCUCCAUUUAAAUAAUUAACAAUGCUUGUGUGCCAAUGACACUUUCUGUCAGUGCGAUCCGAUUCCUGAAAGUCCCAGUGGAAGCAGUGACCUUUGGAGUGGGUCGUGCUGUUCCAGAUCUCUACCUCCCCCCUGGACCUCCUGGCCUGGCCCUGACUGUAAAUGUCACAGCGCUGGCUGUCCACGGCUGAAUCUUCCACAGGGUCAGAGGCCUGGCUGUUUUCUCUUCUUCUACACAGGCCAGGUAUCUCUGUGGGAGCCGCGCUGUGUCCAAGUGGGACAGACGGUACUCUUCAGUCCCAGUCGACCGUUGACAGCUGCCUUCUGGGAUUUAGCGCUUUGGUCUGAUUAGAAAGAUUCUGUCCGACCCCGAGAGCUUGUUCCCAUUAUACUCAAGAGUUUUCAUUUAAAGACUUUGUUUGGUUUUUCUUCGUUUUGUCAUUACCCUCUUCACCCGAUUCAUAUAGUAGCUGGAGCCCAUGAUAAUUGCCUUUGGCUGAGAACGUGAUCACAGGUUCAUUUUACUCCCCAGUUUUAUGAUCUUACUCAAUCUCCCACUUGACAAUAACAUUUCACAGGGAUUAUGCAUGAAGCCAGGCACACCUUUUAAGUGUGUUCGCCACAGGAAGCCUCUACAAAACAUAAUCCUCCCUGGAGAGUAGCACACACUAAUCAACUGCAGUGAUUUUUUAAAACCAAAAUAAAGGCCCUUGGAUGGAGUGAAUACAGGGAAAGAAAGGGCAGAUGGUCCCCUGCACUAAAAGAUCAGUAAUAAAUGAAUAAAUCAUUUGGUGGAGUGGAGUGGAUGCAUCUGGCAGAUUGCUGAGGUAGUCCCUCCCCCUCUCUCUCUCUGUCACACUCCCUCUCUCUCUCUCGUGCUCUCUUUCGCGCUCGCGCUCUCGCUCUCUCUCGUGCUCUCUGUCUCUCUCUCUCUCUCUCUCUCUCUCUCUCUCUCUCUCUCUCUCUCUGUCACACUCCCCCUCUCUCUGUCCCCCUCUCUCUCUCUCUCUCUCUCUCUCUCUGUCACACUCCCUCUCUCUCUGUCCCCCCCUUCUCUCUCUCUCUCUCUCUCUCUCUCUCUCUCUCUCUCUCUCUCUGUCACUCUCUCUCUCUCUCUCUGUCCCCCUCUCUCUCUCUCUCUGUCUCUCUCUCUCUCUCUCUCUCUCUCUCUCUCUCUCUCUCUGUCACACUCCCUCUCUCUCUGCCCCCCCUUCUCUCUGUCCCUCUCUCUCUCUCUCUCUCUCUCACGCCCUCUCUCGUUUUAGACAGGACAUCAUGUAGCAGAAAGAAAGGAGUCUGAUCCGCAGUGCCCCUGCUUCUCUCUCUGUUGUUUUUGUUUGUCUGUUUUUUAUCGCCCCACCCCACCCCAUCCGUGUUGUAAUGACCCACCACCACUGCCAGCCUCAGGAGAGAUGCCUGUACUUGAGAUGGCAGUGAGCCCUGUCAAGUCCCUGUACUGGGUGGUGUUCCCCCCCAUGUCCUCAUGCAGGGUCUACUGCACCCCUGUGUUCCACGGUGGCCUGCUCUAUGUUCUGGGAGGAUGCAGUGAAACAGGCCUGCCUUUAGAUACUGCUGAGGUGCUGGACAUAGAGAGCCAGACAUGGACCCAGCUUCCUCCGCUCCCUACAGCCCGGGCGGGGGCGUCGGCGGUGGCCCUGGGGGGUCAGGUGAUGGUGAUGGGGGGCAUGGACCUCCAGCAGAGCCCCCUGUCCUCCGUGGAGGUCUACAACCCUGACGAGGGCAAGUGGGAGAGGAGGGCCAGCCUGGGACAGCCCUCCAUGGGCAUCACCUCUAUAGAGAAAGAUGGGAAGGUGUAUGCGCUGGGAGGGAUGGCAGCUGACACUACGCCCCAGGCGCUAGUAAGGGUCUACGAGCCGGAGAAGGACCAAUGGCAGUCCUUGACCUCCAUGCCCACACCUCGCUACGGAGCCACCUCCUUCCUGAGAGGCAACAAGAUUUACGUGCUGGGUGGGCGUCAGGGAAAGCUUCCUGUCACAGCCUUCGAGGCCUUUGACCUGGAAGUGAAGAGCUGGACGCAUUACCCCUGUAUCCCCAGCCGCCGAGCCUUCGCCUGCUGUGCUGCCACCGAGCGGGGCUUCUUCAGUCUAGGAGGGCUCCAGCAGCCCUGCCCCCAUAACUUCUACUCCAGACCUCACUUCGUCAGCACGGUGGAGGAGUACGACCCAGAACAGGGUAUCUGGAUCAAACCAACCCGAGCAUCCAGGAUGAGGGAUAAGAGAGCAGAUUUCUCAGCCGGAUGUCUGGGAGGAAGGGUCAUCGUUGCGGGGGGACUAGGAAACCAGCCGUCACCCCUGUCGUCAGUGGAGAGCUACAACCUUGUGAAGCGACGUUGGGAGUAUGCUGCCCCGAUGCCCAGCCCCCGCUGCUGCUGUGCCCCCCUGCAGACCCCCAACAUGCUGUUCCUCAUCGGGGGUGUGGCCCAGGGGCCCAGCAACGCCGUGGAGGCCCUCUGCCUCAGAGAGACUGUGUGACACACACACAUGCACAGAGACACACACUAACACGGCUACUACACACACUCACAAAAAAAUACACAGGAAAUGACUGUGGCGCUAUUUGUGCAUACACCAGUACAAACACAUUAUUUGUGCACAGGUGAGGGACACACACACUCAUACAGACUCGUAUUUGACCUGGACACCAUCACAACAUCACAAAGGAGUUGUUAAACAAAUAACAGCAACAACAAGCACCACACACAAUACUCAUUUGAACAUGACAGCAUUUUCAGGAAAAAAGCAGGGUACUUUUCUGGAAAUUAAAGGAAUUUAGGGCCAUAUCUGUUUCACCACAGCAUAUCUAUUUCACCACAGCAUAUCUAUUUCACCACAGCAUAUCUGUUUCACCACAGCAUAUCUAUUUCACCACAGCAUAUCUAUUUCACCACAGCAUAUCUAUUUCACCACAGCAUAUCUGUUUCACCACAGCAUAUCUAUUUCACCACAGCAUAUCUGUUUCACC